CCCCCCCCAAACCGCUGUCAAGAUACCUACGGUUUUUCUUGGAAAGACAGAGGAAAGAUUUCGCCCGGCCUUGUACGAGAGCGUCCCGAUGCAGCAGACAACUACUAUCGUCGAAACGGAGACACAACUCCCUCUGGGAUGGCGUGAGAGGUUAAGCCCGUCCAAGCUAAAGAUGAUACCAGGCCGUUACAACCUUCCCCGAAUGUUCAACAACAGCAACUCCACUAAGCAAAUGCGCCAAUCCGGCUCCGUUUCGACAAGGAGCAUCUCUGCUUUGCAAACCUCUUUUAAGAUCACGGAUACCUUUGAGCUACUGAGGACAAGAAAAUGGAGUGUAUUUGACAUUCAAUAUGUCGGGUUGGCCGGCUUCACCGUUUUCUCUCUCUGGAUUAUGGACCCGCCGGCACCCAUCAUCAAGACCUUCGCCGCCUUAGGGUACUUGCUGCUUUUGUUCAUGCCCAUUACUAGGCAAUUUUUUCUUCCUUCUUGGCCUAUAUGGACUUAUCUCCUGUACUUCUUCUCUAGUCGCUUCAUCCCGUACGACAUCCGUCCGGAUAUCCUUGUGAAGGUGCUUCCUGCUUUAGAAGAUAUUUUGUAUGGAGUUAGCUUUUCGAACGUCUUUUCAUCAUGGACCCAUCCUGUCCUAGAUGUAUUCGCUUGGUUUCCAUACGGAUUGGGUCACUUUGGGCUUCCCGCCAUUUGCUCCGCGAUCAUGUUUAUUUUUGCUGCUCCAGGCACCGUCCCGAUGUUUGCUAAGAGUUUUGGAUGGAUGAGCGUUUUGGGUGUAUCGAUACAGCUAUUCUUCCCAUGCACGCCACCCUGGUACGAAAGGCUGCACGGUCUCGAGCCCGCAAAAUAUGGGAUGCAAGGUUCCCCAGCCGGAUUAGCGCGGAUUGACGCACUUUUCGGCGUCGACAUGUACACCACUAGCUUUACGACUGCGCCUGUGCCCUUUGGAGCCUUCCCGAGUCUUCACGCCGCCGACGCGAUCCUCGAAGCUUUGUUUAUAAGCUAUUGUUUCCCGAAGCUUAAGGGCAUGUGCAUAUUCUACGUCUGUUGGAUUUGCUGGGCGACGAUGUACCUGAACCACCACUACGCUGUUGAUCUGCUGGGUGGUGGCAUUAUUGCUUAUUCCAUUUUCGCUGUGGUUAGGAAAUAUUGGCUGCCCCGUCAGCAGCCUGGGAAGAUGUACCGAUGGCAGUACGAGUACGUCGAAAUUGGUGCUACGAAGAAGAACAAGGUUCUGGACGAGGAACUUGGAUACGGUCCCAUCGGAGCCGCUAAGCGAAGUGCUGACCUGUCGGACGAAUUCGCCGUUCUGGACAGCUUCAUGCACUCGGCGUCGUCAAGUGGGAGCUCGAGCCCGACGUCAAGCACCAGGAGCGAUAAGAGCGAUAGGAGAAGAGAUUAAUUGCAUAGAAGAGAUGGCCCUGGCAUUUAUGAUACCACGAUAUACACAUACCUAAUAUUAGAAGACAAGACGAAAUAAAGUUAAUACCGCCGAAAGGCGAGAUCGUUACAUCAUUUAUCUAUCUUGGUGCGCGAAUUUGAUGAUUUACGUCUGUGUGAUAUAUUUGAAGA